CAAGAGUCCAAAGACGAACACCUUUGAUAUCACAAAAGAAACCAAAAGCUCUAAAACAAAACAGCCUUUCUCUUUGCUUGUAACUGAACCAUUGUCCCCGUAAGAACAGAAGUUCUAAGAAGUUUUUCGAGAAAAAAAUCUUCCAUCGAUCUCCAAGAUAUGUCUCUACCUGAAACUAAAUCUCAAACUCUUCUGGAUGCUUGGGAUUUCCAAGGCCGCCCCGCCGUUCGCUCUAAGACCGGUGGAUGGGCCAGCGCCGCCAUGAUUCUCUGUAUUGAGGCGGUGGAGAGGCUGACAACGUUAGGUAUCGGCGUUAAUCUGGUGACGUAUUUGACGGGAACUAUGCAUUUAGGCAAUGCAGCGGCCGCUAACACCGUCACCAACUUCCUCGGAACUUCGUUCAUGCUCUGUCUCCUCGGUGGCUUCAUAGCGGACACCUUUCUCGGAAGGUACCUAACGAUUGCUAUAUUCGCCGCAAUCCAAGCCACGGGUGUUUCGAUCUUAACCCUCUCAACUAUCAUACCGGGACUGAGACCACCAAGAUGCGAUCCAACAACAUCAUCUCAUUGUGUACAAGCGAGUGGAAUACAACUGACAGUCCUAUACUUAGCCUUAUACCUUACGGCCUUAGGAACCGGAGGAGUGAAAGCAAGCGUCUCCGGUUUUGGUUCAGACCAAUUCGAUGAGACCGAGCCGAAAGAACGGUCACAAAUGACAUAUUUCUUCAACCGCUUCUUUUUUUGUAUCAACGUUGGCUCUCUUUUGGCCGUAACGGUCCUUGUCUACAUACAAGAUGAUGUUGGACGUAAAUGGGGCUAUGGAAUUUGCGCGUUGGCAAUCGUGCUUGCACUAAGCAUUUUCUUGGCUGGCACUAAUCGCUACCGUUUCAAGAAGUUGAUCGGUAGCCCAAUGACGCAAGUUGCGACGGUUCUUGUGGCGGCGUGGAGGAAUAGGCGGCUUGAGUUGCCAUCGGACCCGUCGUUUCUAUAUGACUUGGACGAUGUUAUCGCGGCUGAAGGUUCGAUGAAGAGUAAACAAAAGUUGCCGCAUACCAAUCAAUUCCGUUCUUUAGACAAGGCAGCAAUAAAGGACCAGGAAAUGGCAAUGAACCAAAACGUAUACAACAAAUGGACUCUUUCAACACUAACCGAUGUCGAGGAAGUGAAACAAAUUGUACGGAUGUUACCAAUUUGGGCAACAUGCAUCCUCUUUUGGACCGUCCAUGCUCAAUUAACGACACUAUCGGUCGCACAAUCCGAAACGAUGGACCGGCACAUUGGGAGCUUUGAGAUCCCUCCAGCUGCAAUGGCCGUAUUCUAUAUUGGUGGCCUCCUCCUAACCACCGCAGUCUACGAUCGUCUCGCGAUUCCCCUAUGCAAAAAGCUACUCAACUACCCCCACGGUCUGAGACCGCUUCAACGCAUUGGUUUGGGUCUCUUACUCGCAGCUAUGGGUAUGGCCGUAGCUGCUCUGGUAGAGAUCAAACGUCUUAGAACGGCACAUGGCCACGGUCCAACAGUCAAAACGCUUCCUCUAGGAUUUUCUCUACUCAUCCCACAGUACCUUAUUGUCGGUAUCGGUGAGGCGUUGAUCUACACAGGACAGCUAGAUUUUUUCUUGAGAGAGUGUCCUAAAGGUAUGAAAACAAUGAGUACGGGUUUAUUAUUGAGCACACUGGCUUUAGGGUUUUUCUUCAGCUCGGUUCUUGUAACCAUCGUUGAGAAAGUCACCGAUAAAGCUCAUCCGUGGAUCGCUGAUGAUCUCAACAAAGGCCGUCUAUACAAUUUCUAUUGGCUUGUGGCCGUAAUUGUUGCCUUGAACUUCCUUGUUUUCCUCGUUUUCUCCAAGUGGUACGUCUACAAGGAGAAGCGACUUGCUGACCUUGGGAUUGAGUUGGAAGAUGAGCCAGACAUUCCAAUGGGUCAUUGAUCUAAUGAAGAUGAAUAAUGUGUCUAUGUUGAUAUGUUUGAAUUUGAUUAUGAAUUUUGUGUUAUAUUUUAUUUUAUGAUGUUUUUUUUUUCACAGUUACCUUUUGUUUCUAAGUACAAAUAAUGGACCGACCGAUAAGGGACAAAAGUUAAGGUUUUCCGAUUUGGUUCUGUAUAAAAGCAGAAAGUGUAAAAUUUAUAAGAUUUAACGCAGUUAACGUCUUUUUGUUUGAA